CUGACAGCUCUCGAACUUUUUUUUCGUCUUCAUCACCUCCCGUCUACAUCCUUUCCAUCAAAUCAUUGUACCAUAUUCAUCUGUAUUUGUCCACUGUAUUCUAUAGCUACCUGCCCAAUUGACUUUUGCCCUUGUCUUCCCUGCGUUACUCUUUCCGCUUCUCCUUGCAAAGCAGACAAGACAGAGCUACAGCUACAGCUUCGACAGCUUCAUCCAUCCACAGGUCCCAUUGACCAUUCCAUCUCGAUCCAACCCAGCCACCUCUUCACCGUCGAUUUUUCCAUCCCAGUAAGUGACCAUCAUCGUCAUCCAGCGGCCCUCUUCUUCCCGCACCACCUCGCAUUGGGUAGCGUUGCGUUGCCUUUGCGACUGAUUGAUUCCUUGCCUCGGGUCGUUUGGGGGUUGGCCCCCUCUCACCACCACCCCGGCUUGCCUCACCCAGCAGCUUCUUCCCUUUUCUUUUUUCGUCUUCGCCUUGCAUCAUCCACCGGGCAAAGGCCAGCCAUGCAACCAUGCAACCGAACCCCCUCGUCGCCUCCUGUCCCUAUUCCAUUCCUGUUGCCGUCGGCAGGCGCGCGCAUCGCCGCCGCCGCCACCAGGUUACGCUCUCACCUCUUGGGCUCCGGCGCUAGACUGUCCUGGGAAACUACUGACAACCUACCCUAGAAAAGAACCCCUCCAUUUAAGAAAACAUGCCCCACCUCAGACCUUUGACUUCUUCCCUCCUCCGCUCUGCUCAAUUCACCACCACUCCUCUUCGUACCCCAUCAUCCAAACGCUUCUUCACCCCUUCAGCUUUCAACAUGGGCAUCAAGACUUUCUUCGACGUCUCCUGGGAGGGACCUGAGGUUCAGGUCGACGGUAGCGGCAACGUCACCUCCACCGGCUCCGUGAAGCAACAAUCCGGUCGUAUCAACUUCGAGCUCUAUGACGAUGUCGUCCCCAAGACCGCCGAGAACUUCCGUGCUCUCUGCACCGGCGAGAAGGGCUUCGGCUACUCCGGCUCCAAGUUCCACCGUGUCAUCCCCCAGUUCAUGCUUCAGGGUGGUGACUUCACCCGCGGCAACGGCACCGGCGGCAAGUCCAUCUACGGCGAGAAGUUCAGCGACGAGAACUUCCAGCGCAAGCACGACCGCCCCUUCCUCCUCUCCAUGGCCAACGCCGGCCCCAACACCAACGGCUCCCAGUUCUUCGUUACCACUGUCGUGACCUCGUGGCUCGACGGCAAGCACGUCGUUUUCGGCGAGGUCUCCGACCAGGAGUCCAAGCGCAUCGUCAAGUCCAUCGAAGCCUGCGGCAGUGGCAGCGGUGCCAUCAAGUACAAGACCCCCCCUACCAUCACCGGUGCUGGCCAGGCUUAAGCGUGUCGCACGGUUUGGGAGUGAAUCAUGGCGUAGCAACCGUCCUUCGGGUGUUAUCAGUAGCCCUCUUUGCGGGGUAACGAAAGGGACACAAAAGUUCAUGAGUAGGAUUUGAUAGCACUUUAUGAAUGAAUGGCAGCGAUUACCUGACCA